AUGGGUGAUGAUGGCAAGCGUGACGAGGUGGCUCCGGUCAAAGCGGCGGCUGUGGAGAACUCGCCGGGUGCUGCUGUCAACUCGGGCAAUGCUCUGAGAAGAGAGUCACUUAACGUUGCUGCUGUCUCUUUGGAAAAGUCGGCUGCUGCCGCUGUCCGAUCGGGCAAGUCGCUCCAUCGCAAGUCGCUCAAGGUCGAGUCGGUCGAGCUCUGUGAGUCGGCCGGCGAGGCUGUCCUUGCGGGGCCGGCUGCUGCUGCUGCUGCUGCGGUGGCUGCUGAAGCUGAAGCUGAAGCUGCUGCUGCCAAAGCUGGUGUGGGUGAGGCUGCCGGCACUUCGGAUGGCGCCGCGGCCACGGUCGAUCCACGGACAACCAAGGUGGCCCAGCUCGAGGCCGUCGAAGCUGCUCGUCUCGCCACCGUGGCGGCAGUUGUGGCGAGUCUCGCCGACAGGGAGCCGAGCGACCGCAAGAAGCUCGACGCCAAGUGCGCGGCGCGGUCCGAGAUCGAGGCCAUGCAGCACGCUGCCAUUGUCUCCGCUGUUCUCAACAACGAGUCCGGAUGGCAGGCGGGCGUGCCGCCGCCGACUGCUGGCGGGUACACCUACUACGAUGCCGGCGACCGCCGAUUUGCGGUCCUUGCCGACGGCUCAUCGGUCACGCUCUGCCUCGGCGAGCACCGCGAGCUCGUCCUGCUCCGGCCGGCGUCCAAGCCGUACCUGGGCCUGACCCGAACGCCGCCGCCGAGCCACUGGAUCACUGCCAACGCGGUUGCGAUGCGCAAGCUCUCAGCGCCACAAGAGACUGUCACCCGCUCAGGCGUCGUGGCCAAGCUCUCGGCGACUAAGGGCAAGUUUACCAGCUCGCCGCGGUGGCAAAAGCGGUUCCUCACCCUCGACGGCAUCCAGCUCUCGUACUACAAGAACGAGCGCGACGCAGGCUCGUCGACGGCUGCCCGCGGUACCAUCGAGCUCAUUACGGGCACCAAGAUCAUUGCGUGUGAGCCGUCCAUGCCGCUGUUGGCAGACGCGUUCAAGCUGAAGUCGCGAAAGCCCACCGCCGACGUUGACGGCACCGUCGACCGCAACCAUGUCUUUGCCAUCCACUUGCCAUUGGUCAUCGGCCGCCAGCUUGCCGCCGUCCGUGACGUCCUCGAGGGCUCGGUCGUCGACAUCCAAGCCCGCCUCGACGAGGCCUACGAGGCCACUCGUGCCCGCACCUACUACUUUCAGUGCGAAUCGGCCAAAGACUGCGAAGCCUGGGUCGCCGCUGUCAAGGCCAACAUGGCGCACGGCCUGGCGUCGGGCCUCCUCCGCGCCUCCCAGCUCGACUCUGCUCACCUCCUUCUCUCCCAGGGCCUCGGCGCCUCGUCCCUCGUCGAUCUUGACGUCGGCGCUCUACUCGACGACCUCCUCGCCGGCCGUCGCCGCUCUCGUCGCCGCAUGUCGUCCCAACCGAGCACAUCUGCGGCAGCAACCUGA